UAGGUUGUUAACCAGAAUCGACGUCCAGUGGCAGGAAAGGAGGAACUUCAAACGGCGUCGUUGGCUGUCCCAAUUCACGUUCAGGGUUAGGGUUAGUGGUGUAAUGCGUGAUCUGGGACGAUGAAGCUGUUGGAGGAGUUGAACCAAUCUCAGAGAGUAGCAUUGGGAGGUCUAUUGGUGAUCCUGUUGCCAUGUUUCUUCCCCACUCUCUUCACUCCCUUGGGCCGUGCUUCCCCGUCCAUUUUCUCCGAAUGGAAUGCUCCAAAACCUAGGCAUUUACAGCUACUGAAGGGCGCCUUGCAACUCCAAACUCCUGAUAGGCAACAAGCCAAUCUCUGGUCUCCAUUAGCUAACCAAGGAUGGAAACCCUGUGUUGACUCUGCAGACACCCCUUUGUUGCCAAAGAAAUCUCAGGGGUAUGUCCAAGUAUUUCUUGAUGGAGGGUUAAACCAGCAGAGAAUGGGGAUCUGUGAUGCAGUUGCUGUUGCAAAGAUUUUGAAUGCAACCCUCGUGAUCCCUCACCUUGAAGUGAAUCCUGUUUGGCAAGAUUCAAGUUCAUUCACAGAAAUAUUUGAUAUUGAUCGUUUUAUUAAUGUCCUGAAAGAUGACAUUUUUAUAGCUAAAGAGUUGCCUAGCAAAUAUUCUUGGAGCACAAGGGAGUAUUACGCAACCGGCAUACGGGCUACUAGAAUUAAAACUGCACCUAUUCAUGCUUCAGCUAUUUGGUAUCUGGAAAAUGUCUUACCUGUAUUGCAGAGUUAUGGAAUUGCUGCUCUUGCCCCAUUCUCUCAUCGUUUGGCUUUUGACAACUUACCUGCGUACAUCCAACGCUUACGCUGCAAAGUUAACUUCAAAGCACUAGUUUUUGUUCCUCAUAUCAAACCAUUAGGAGAGGCCCUUGUCAAUCGCAUCCGAUAUCUGCCUAUUGAAAGCAGAGCAGGAGGGACUGAGUACCUGCAGGAUAGAACAGAUGAGAUUAACCACAAACAAGGGGCUGGGAAGUUUGUUGUGUUACAUCUUCGCUUUGAUAAAGAUAUGGCUGCUCAUUCAGCCUGUGAUUUUGGUGGAGGUAAAGCUGAAAAAAUGGCUCUUGCAAAAUACCGUCAAGUGAUUUGGCAGGGAAGGGUCCUAAAAUCUCAGUUCACAGAUGAGGAAUUGAGAAAUCAAGGGCGCUGCCCAUUGACUCCUGAAGAGAUUGGAUUGCUUCUAGCAGCUUUGGGCUUCAGUAACACUACCCGCCUCUAUCUUGCUUCCCACAAGGUUUAUGGUGGAGAGGCUAGGAUCUCAACUUUGCGCAAAUUGUUUCCCUUAAUGGAAGAUAAAAAGAGCCUUGCUUCUGCAGAGGAACUGGCGAAGGUUGAAGGGAAGGCUUCUUUAUUGGCUGCAGUUGAUUAUUAUGUGAGCAUGCACAGUGACAUCUUCAUCUCUGCUUCUCCGGGCAAUAUGCACAAUGCGUUGGUGGGACACCGAGCUUACAAGAACUUGAAGACUAUAAGACCGAACAUGGCAUUGUUGGGCCAGCUCUUCCUGAAUAAGAGCAUUGAAUGGUCAGAAUUUCAGCAGGCAGUUCUGAAUGGGCAUAAAAGUAGACAAGGGCAAAUCAGGUUUAGAAAGGAGAAUCAAUCCAUAUAUACAUAUCCUAUUCCUGAUUGCAUGUGUCAAGCUUAACUGUAAGAUCUGUUGAAGGUUGUAAUAAUUUAAGAAAUACUAUUCUUUUGUCUUUUCUAUAGUUGAUACUCUUGUAUUUUGCCUUUCCUGAUAUUCUGGGAAUGGGUCAUGUUCUGGAGGUUGCUGCAGUUAAAAGCUUACCUUAAGUGCUCAAUGCAGCAUCCAACUCAUUGUUAUCUCAGUCGCUAUGAUUGUGAUGGAGCUGCUUUUGUGCCCUCCGUGAUUCUCUGAGAUUGGGCUCAUGUUACAGUAGUUUUUGGUUUGUGCUUCUCUAUAA